GUGCAGUUAGAGAGGCCCGUCCGGGGAGGAAGCUCGCUCCCCUCGCAGCGCGCGCGUGACUGGUUCCGAGCGGCUGCAGAGCCGCAGCCCGGUUUGCGCGCGUGACGCCCCGCCCCGAGUCGCCGCCCCGCCCCCUCUCCCGCCAUGGCGCUGAACAAGUCUAUGCACGCGAGAAACCGCUAUCGGGAUAAACCGCCGGACUUCGCUUACCUGGCGUCCAGGUACCCGGCCUUCCGCCAGCACGUGCAGACCAGCCUCUCCGGCCGGGCCAGCCUAAAUUUCAAGGAUCCAGAAGCUGUGAGAGCUCUGACAUGCACUCUCUUGAAAGAAGACUUUGGACUUACAAUUGAUAUACCAUUAGAGAGGCUCAUUCCUACUGUUCCCUUGAGGCUUAACUAUAUCCAUUGGGUGGAAGAUCUAAUUGGUCAUCAAGAUGGUGAUAAACAAGCUCUUAGAAGAGGAAUUGACAUAGGUACCGGGGCAUCUUGCAUCUACCCAUUACUUGGAGCCACUUUGAAUGGCUGGUAUUUCCUAGCAACAGAAGUGGAUGAUAUGUGUUUCAAUUAUGCAAAGAAAAAUGUGGAACAGAAUAAUUUAUCUGAUCUUAUAAAAGUGGUUAAAGUACCACAGAAGACCCUUCUAAUGGAUGCACUAAAAGAGGAAUCUGAGAUCAUUUAUGAUUUUUGCAUGUGCAACCCUCCCUUUUUUGCUAACCAGUUGGAAGCCAAGGGAGUAAAUUCUCGAAAUCCUCGACGGCCCCCUCCGAGCUCUGUGAACACUGGGGGCAUCACAGAGAUCAUGGCUGAAGGGGGAGAACUAGAAUUUGUCAAAAGAAUUAUCCACGAUAGUCUGCAGCUUAAAAAAAGAUUGCGGUGGUACAGCUGCAUGCUGGGAAAGAAAUGCAGUUUAGCUCCAUUAAAAGAAGAACUUCGAAUUCAGGGGGUUCCUAAAGUUACUCACACUGAAUUCUGUCAAGGCCGUACCAUGAGGUGGGCACUGGCAUGGAGUUUCUACAAUGAUGUCCGUGUGCCUUCACCUCCCUCUAAAAGAAGGAAGUUAGAAAAGCCCCGGAAGCCAAUUACAUUUAUAGUGUUGGCAUCCACAAUCAAAGAGUUAUCCAUCAAGGCUUCAGCUAUGGGCUGGGAUGCUGUGGAAGGCAUAGCAGUGGUUACAAAGUGGAUAGAAAAAAUACUGACUGAUCUGAAGGUUCAGCAUAAGUAUGUUCCCUGUGGAGAAGAUGAAGUUAGUCUGUUUCUAACAGCCAUUGAAAACUCUUGGGUUCAUUUAAGAAGAAAGAAACGAGAACGAGUAAGGCAGCUACGAGAACUUCCUCGAGCUUCUGAAGAUAUUCUGCAAGCAAUGGAAGAAGAGAAGAGCAGCCAGAAAGACUCAAACAACCCAGAGUGUGAACAAAACAAGACUGAAAACUUCGAAAUGGGGUCAGUGAUGCUUGAUGAGGAUGUCAGCUCAGCCAAGAAUGACAGGCAAAGGGAAGAUUCCCCUGCCAAAGAGGAAAACAAUGAGGAACUCAUGGAAGAGGAGGACAUAGAAGCAAAGCAAGCAGAAACAUUAGGUGGUGAAGACUCCAGUGAUGCAAAGGAGGAGCCUGAUGCUGGCAAUCUAACAAUGGAAAAAGGACAAAGUCCCAAAGGAACUAGUGGACACUUUCUUUUUAAGUGUUUAAUAAAUGUGAAGAAAGAAGGGGAUGAUGCAUUAGCAGAGAUGCACUGGGUUGAAGGACAGAACAGAGAUUUAAUGAACCAACUGUGCACCUACUUACGAAAUCAAAUUUUUCGACUGGUUGCUAGUUAGCCCUUAUUCAGAAUAUGGUAGAAAUAGGUCAGUUCUAGAUAUAUUUUUUUGUAAUCUUUUUAAUAGACUAAAAGAAACUUUGUGCUAACAAAGUUUUUUAAGAAGAAAUGACCAAAAUUGAAAUUAAAAUCAACUUUAUUUUUAAACAGAGCCUUUUUUAAAUACAAGGAAUCAUAGGUAUAUAACAAUGAGGGGUAGGAGCAGCAGUGCUUAAAAAGCACUUCAGUGUCUAGCUGUAAAAUUGCAUGAUAAAUGGAAACCUAUUUUAGCAAUAGCUCUGCGGUUGGUUUCAUAUGGCAACAUUACAGCUGAUUUCUGGUCUUUCUGAUCCGACUUGGUGGAAAUGCAGUUCUCUUUGCUGAAUAGAAAUAAUCAUUACAAUAUUAAAUUUUUACAUCAUUAUUAUUGCAGGAAUAUAAGGGUUUUUUUCAGCCAUUACUCAUAUAGAUUAGCCUGCAACUCUGUGUAUUGUCUUUUGCAGCCAGGAAUCUUCCUUGAAGGGAUGGCACUUGCCACCCUCCUCCAUCUCCUUUCCCUAUGUGUUUGCCCUCAGCUGAGCGACAUCUUGAUAACAGGUGACAGCUCUUUGAAUGACAGCUCAUAAAAGCACAAAAUAAUAUGGGAGAGCUGGGUAGCUUUAGAGAUGUUCAUGAAUCUUGAAUUUUCGUUAAUGGGCUAGAUUAGAGUCCACUAUUUAACAAAUAUCAAGAUUUGCAUAGAUUUUUUUUUUUGCUUUUCAAAAGCUUAAAAAUGAAAAAUGAUUUGUGCUCCUCCUCCAACAUACAAGUUAAGAAAAAUUUAACUGUGGCACACGUUGUUUUAGACCAUGUAUCCCCACUGAUACAGGAGAUGAAAUGCAGUGUGGUGGUUUCAAGCAAUUAUUCCUGAAAGACUGGGCUUCACUUUAAACUUAAAUUUCUUUGAAGUAUUUAAUGAGGGUGGGGCGAGAGAGAGGGAGAGAGAGAAUUGGAGUAUAUGUCCCUCAUCUCCAUGGACCAGAAAAACUCAUCACAGGGGAUAAAAGUAUGGAUAGGAAAACAGAUUAAUAUGAUGAACAGUGAAGGGGGGAUAGAAUUCAGCUGUAGAACUCACAGAAUUUGGGGUAUCAACUGCUGAGGUCUUAUGCUUUUGCACGUGCUUCAGGGCCCUGUGCCCUCUCUAGUUGGAGCUGUACUGCCAGAGUUUCCUUGGCCACUGCUGUACGUGGAAUCUAUUUCCCUCAAGUGCUAUAUCCCCACAGCAGGGAUUCUGCAUCAGGCUGCAUUAAUCUUCUUUCACACAGGGUUGGUGGAGGAAUUAUGGGCAUUGCUAUCCCCAUCCACCAACCAGCCUCCCAAGGGAUGAGCUUGUCCAUGCAGAGGUUCUCCACAGGGUGUGGAGAGGACAGGAUAGCUGAUGCUCUCUCUGGAAAUGGCAAGAUCUGUUAGUGGAGGGUUCUGAAGUGGCCCAGUGACAGGAAAUGAGUUGCAACAUUAAGUAUGCCUUAUACUGGUAUGGGCCAUAGAUAUAAAAGUGAAAUCUACAAUAGGAGAAAGAUACAUUAUUGACUUCUUGUAGCAAAUGCACCUGUUCAUGCUGUUGGGAUCACUCUGAAUAUGUGUUAUUCAUCAAGGGUUCCAAAAAAUUCAGCAGAAACUGUACAUCCUGUCUUUUGCACCACAGCAGGCCAGAGAAACAAGAUAUACUAUUUAAGUCCUGUCCUUAAUCUCUGAACCUCUGGUAAACAGUUACACAGUAUUGGAUUUGAUAUCAUAAAAUCGUUCUGGUACUUCGUUUUUAUUAAAUUAUUUUAUUUGGAUCAGAUUUUAACACAACUGAGGUAACUGAAAGGAAAUUGAGGUGAUGCAAUCUGACCUGGACCAUUAUCUUUUAAAAGAAUGCACUAAAUGUUGUCAAAUUGCCUGAAAAUGUAAUGAUUUCCUUGAAGUGUCAUAUACUGCAAGUAAAAUUAAUACUAUGUUUGUUUACCAUAAAAGUAAAAAAUGGAGAA